CCUCCAAAAAAAGGAAAAAUAAAACAAAGUUGACUGAGAAAACUAAGCAAAUUGAAAAAAAAGAAAAGAUCUGAUCGGAAUCUUUUACGCCAUGGACGCAGUUUCUCAGGCGAUCACUUUCGGGAUCUCCGUUGCUUACAAGAACAAUUCUUCUACUCUUGUUCCUUGUCAUGGACUCACCUCUUUGAUCCUCCGGAGAGCGAGAUCUCCGGCGAAGCCCUCAUCUCGAAUCUCUCAUACCUCGUUGGUGCGAGCUUCAGCGAUUCAGAAUACAAAAACCUCAGCUUCAUCGAUCGAUCUCAGCGAUCCUGAGUGGAAAUCAAAGUACGAGAGAGAUUUCGAGCAACGAUUCAGUAUUCCUCACAUCACUGAUGUCUUACCAGAUGCUGAAGCUAUUCGUUCCACGUUUUGUCUCAAGAUGAGGUCUCCGACGGAAGAUUUCGUUGGUGGUUACCCUUCUGAUGAAGAAUGGCAUGGAUACAUUAAUAACAAUGAUAGAGUUCUUCUAAAGGUUAUUAGUUACUCUUCACCAACUUCUGCUGGAGCAGAGUGCAUUGAUCCCGACUGUUCUUGGGUUGAGCAAUGGAUUCACCGAGCCGGGCCGAGGGAGAAGAUAUACUUCAAACCGGAAGAAGUGAAGGCUGCAAUUAUCACUUGUGGUGGGCUUUGUCCUGGUCUCAAUGAUGUCAUUAGACAUAUUGUCAUCACUCUUGAGAUUUAUGGUGUUAAGAACAUUGUGGGGAUUCCUUUUGGUUAUCGAGGUUUCUCCGAUAAAGAUCUAACUGAAAUGCCGCUAUCAAGGAAAGUGGUUCAGAAUAUUCAUCUAUCUGGAGGAAGCUUGCUUGGAGUUUCACGUGGAGGCCCGAGUGUGAGCGAAAUUGUUGACAGCUUGGAGGAGAGAGGAAUCAACAUGCUUUUCGUGCUGGGAGGAAACGGAACUCACGCUGGCGCCAAUGCUAUACAUGAUGAGUGCCGCAAAAGAAAGAUUAAGGUAGCUGUAGUUGGUGUGCCAAAAACCAUUGACAAUGAUAUUCUACAUAUGGAUAAAACUUUUGGGUUUGAUACUGCUGUUGAAGAAGCACAACGAGCAAUAAACUCUGCCUACAUUGAGGCACAUAGUGCUUAUCAUGGCAUUGGUGUUGUAAAACUGAUGGGUCGUAACAGUGGUUUCAUUGCAAUGCAAGCCUCUUUAGCUAGUGGACAAGUUGACAUUUGUUUGAUUCCUGAGGUUCCCUUCCAUCUUCAUGGGCCUAAUGGUGUACUGAAGCAUUUAAAGUACCUUAUUGAAACAAAAGGCUCCGCUGUGAUAUGUGUAGCAGAAGGAGCAGGACAGAAUUUCCUUGAGAAAACUAAUGCCAAAGAUGCAUCUGGAAACACAGUACUUGGUGAUUUCGGUGUGUACAUUCAACAAGAGACAAAGAAGUAUUUCAAAGAAAAAAGUAUCCCAAUAGAUGUGAAGUACAUUGAUCCAACAUACAUGAUUCGCGCUGUCCGUGCAAAUGCCUCAGAUGGUAUCCUCUGCACCGUUCUUGGACAAAAUGCUGUUCAUGGUGCAUUUGCUGGAUACAGCGGAAUCACAGUAGGCAUAAUCAACACUCACUAUGCUUAUUUGCCAAUCCCUGAGGUAAUUGCAUAUCCAAAAUCAGUCGAUCCCAAUAGUCGAAUGUGGCAUCGUUGCUUGACAUCAACGGGUCAACCCGAUUUCCUCUAGAACAAUCGCAUUCAAUCACGAAUCGGACUGAUAAAAAUAAGCCUCGAAAUGUAUAUACAGCAUUCUUGGUCCCUUAAUAUGAUGUAUCAAAUCAUAUAUUUAUUUACUUUUUGAGUAGGAAAGAUAUUGAAUCAGUUGAAGUUAGUUAAGAGCAUUGGUUUAGUAAUCUAAUUUAUCAUUUACCAAACUUGUAGAGUUUACUUUGGACCACCUUUGUUACCUUUUUUACUUGUUCUUUGUCUC